AUGGCUUCCACUUCGGGUCUCUUCGCCACAGUGUUCGCCAUGGCCAUGGUGCUCGCCGGCACCACCACCAGCCAAGCGGCGCGCCUCCUCGCCGACGCAACACCUCCUGCCGCCGUUCCGGGAGUCCCGGUGGUGCCCGCGGUCACGUUGCCACCGAUGCCAGCCGUGCCUGCCAUCCCCGCGGCGACACUGCCACCGAUGCCGGCGGUGCCAGCCGUGCCUGCCAUACCCGCGGCGACACUGCCACCGAUGCCGGCGGUGACAGCCGUGCCAAACACCGCUCUGCCGCCCAUGCCGGCUGCGCCGAAGGUGACGCUGCCUCCAAUGCCCGCGGUGCCGGCAGCUACGUUGCCGCCGAUGCCAGCCAUGCCCGCCGUGCCAAACGCCGUCGUGCCGCCCAUGCCGGCCGUGCCCAAGGUGACGCUGCCGCCGAUGCCCUCCAUGCCGGCCGUGCCGAAGAUGACGCUGCCGCCGAUGCCAUCCGUACCGAUGCCGUUCUUGGCACCACCCCCUUCGGCAUGAGCACAGUCUGCAGCAUGCAUAAACUGCGUCAUUUGAUUGGGCUUUUGGUUAUAUAUUCCCCAUGUUUGAUUUGUUUUCUGUCUGUGUGUAAAUUCAUGUACAUGUAUGUGAGUCAUUUGUAAUUUGUUCAGUUAAUUGGCAUCUUUUCUAUUAUGAUUAAUUACUCGGCUUUGAGGACGUGUGA